CCUAGGAUGCAUAAGUGGGUCAAAAAUGACCCGGUGAGGUUGUUUUCUUGAAAUAUCUUUGUAAUGAAAAUUUUUUAACAUUUCAUAUUCCAGGUAUUCCUCAAAAAACAUGUUUUUGACAUAAUUCCAUUUACAUUUCUAACUUACCUUUUAAAAAUGUUAAGAAAUUUUAGUUUUUGUACUACUACCCCAAGCUUCCAUAAGUGGGUCACAAAUGACCCACAUGCAUUUUCUUUGGAAUCCAAUGGGAACCUUCAAUUCUUAUCAGCUGUGGCUGUCUGGAUAAAUAAAUUGUGGACCACACGGACUAUAUCAGAAGUUUGACCCUUCAGGAAGACUAUUUUACACAGGAAGAGCUGAUACAUGUGUCAUGGCUUCUAGAUACACAGUUGAAAUGGUCCUACAGAUGCUGGAUGAUGGAGAGGCAGUAAUGGGGUUGGACUCAGAGUCUGAAAUUUCUGAUGAUGAGGACCCAGACUAUUGUCCAGGUGGCAGUGGCAGUCGUCCACCUGGAAAUCCAACUGAACAGGAUCAAUCUGACUCAGAAGAUUCCUCUUCGGUGUCCUCUGAAGAAGAAAAUAUCAUGUCCAACAGAAUGAGUCGGAAGGGCUCUUACUGGAGCGAGUUACCUCCCUCCCAGGGUAGAACACAGAGCCACAAUAUCAUCAGAAGUCGGUCAGGGCCUGCAGAAGGGCUUAGCACCACUGUCUCACCAAAAGAUGCAUGGGAGCUCUUUAUCACUGAUGAUAUAUUACAAGAGGUGAUGAAGUGCACAAACUUGGAAGGACGGAGAGUAGCAACAGCUAGAAGAAAAGAAUGGACAAAUGUCACUAAAGAUGAAUUCAUGGCCUUCAUUGGAUUGACCCUGCUUGCAGGAAGUGAGAAGAACUGGGAUGUUUCAGUCCGUGAGCUUUUUGGGAGUCCUCUACAUAAUCCCAUGUACAAGGCCACUAUGGCUGUUGGAAGAUUUGAAGACAUUCGCCGUACCUUGACGCUUCGAUGAUAAGAGGAUCAGAGCCUUCCGACUGGAAACAGACCAUAUGGCAGCCUUCCGCUAUGUAUGGGACCUGUUCCUGGUCAACUGCAGACAGCGAUUCAUCCCCAGUGAUUGUGUCACUGUGGACGAACAGCUUGUGCCAUUCAGGGGUAGGUGCAAGUUCUUACAGUACAUGCCAAGCAAGCCCGCCAAGUACGGCCUAAAGAUCUUCUGGGUUUGUGAUGCACGCAUCCCCUAUGCAAUAGAUGGUAUAGUUUACACAGGGAGACAACCAGGUGAAGAAGUUCAGAAGAAUCUGGGGGAAAACAUUGUCAAGCAGUUGUGUGGUAGAUUUAGAAACACAGGUCGCAACAUCACAAUGGAUAACUUUUUCACCAGUGUGCCUCUUGCACAGCAUCUUCUAGAGAAGGAUCUCACUAUUGUGGGGACUCUACGUCUGAACAAGCCAGACAUCCCUCCUCUGAUGAAGCCUUCCAAGUCCAGGGAGUUUCACAGCACAGAGUUUGGAUUCAACAACAGCCUUACCAUGGUCAGCUAUGUCAGAAAGACAGCAAAAGCUGUUGUGCUCCUGAGCACGAUGCACCACGACAAAGUAGUGGAUGAAAAUAGCAGAUAGAAAAAACCAGAAGUGAUCACAUUUUACAACAAGACGAAAAGAUGUGUAGACCACUGACCAGAUGGUUGGAACCUACACCUGCAAGCGCCAAACACAGAGGUGGCCCAUGGUGUUGUGGUACAACAUAAUUGACAUCGCCACCCUGAAUUCCUACACCUUUUUCACGGCUCAGCACCCAGAUUUCAAGAGCGGCAUCACCAAUGCACGACGGAUCUUCCUCAAAGAGCUGUCAAAGGAGCUUGUCACCCCACACAUGAGGAGUCGACUGGAAGGCUGCCCCCAACUGUACACCUCGAUUAUUGUAGCAAUGGAAAGGUGUGGGGCGACAAAAGCCAAAAUCCAGCCACAGGAGAGAAGCAGACAGGGCCAACCAAAGAGAAAGAGGUGUCAGAUCUGCCCAAGUAACAAAGAUCGCCAUGUUAACAACAGUUGUGGGAAAUGCAAUGUACCUGUGUGCAAUGAUCACAGCCAGAAACAGGUAGUUUGUCUGAACUGCAUACAAUGAUGAGAGAAGGCAAAACAGGGAAAAGAAAGAGGAACUGUCUAUGACUGGACAUACAUACACACGCACACAUAAUGGAUGUUCACAUUUUUUCUAUUGCUGUUCUGGGUAAUUUUGUAUUAAAUUGUGAAGAAGAAAAGUGAAGAAUAAAGAUAUUUCAAACAUGAAA